AGUGCAAAAGAGUAUUUCAAAAUCAUGGCCAGCUUUCCAGUCAUUCAAAGAAGAGAAGGGGAAUGGAAGUCGCGAAACUUCGUUGAAGUCUUGGGAGUGAAAAUUCCAUCUUAUUUCACAAACAAUCCACAAUUACUUAGCGACUUCAUCUCAGAUUUCCACCCAAAGACGGACGAUGUUUUUGUAGCGUCUUAUCCAAAGUCAGGCACAACUUGGGUGCAAGAGAUUGUUUGGCAGAUCUAUAAUGGAGGAGAAGUGAACAGUGACUCAAUUUCUAAAAGAAUUACAUUCCUAGAUACUUUAACUUCACCACUAUUUCCAAGACAAGUUUCAGAAAUCGACUCUUUGCCAAGCCCUCGCAUUUUUAAGACACACUUACCAUACAAGAUUGUUCCCAAAGGUGCCAGCAACAACACCACUUGUAAAUACAUUUACAUUGCCCGCAAUCCUAAAGAUGUGGCAGUGUCAUACUUCAAAUUCAUUACAAGCUCAAAGUUGAUUGGAAAUGGAUAUAGUGGACCCUGGGAAUUUUGUGCCAAGUUGUUCAUUGAAGGAAAUGUUGGUUUUAACCAUUGGAAUGACCAUGUUCUGGGCUGGUGGGAGCAGAAACAUGAACCUAACAUCUUGUUUCUCAAAUAUGAAGAUAUGCACCAGGAUCUUCUUUCCCAUGUGCGACUAAUCGCCAACUUCCUCAACAAGCCGCUCUCAGAGGAUGUCCUCUGUCUCAUUGCUGAACAGUGCAGUUUCAGUGGAAUGAAGAAAAAUGCUUCAAGUUACGCGAUUCAGAGCAAUGAUGAUGGGACUUUACUGCUGCGAAAAGGCGUGGUAGGAGACUCGAAGAAUUACUUUACUCCAGAGCUAAAUGAGAGAUUUGAGAAGGAAGUGCUGGCAAAAUUACAGGGGAGCGGAUUGGAGUUCGAAUUUGAGUUAUAAUCUCUAUGAAAAUUCCAUGUUUUUUCUAAACAAUUUUACAAGUGAUCGUUGUAGCAGACACUUGUCGAGAACGUGGGAAACACGUCUCGUUCGCGUGUGCUGAUCCUAAGUCACUCGCGCCCACGUAAAUCGCGCGCCUUCUUCGACCAAUAUAUGUGAAUUAGUAUUAACCAAGCGUGAGGUCAAGAUGGUUGGGAUUGGCUGGGAUUGGCCGAGUUUUUUGUUUGCAUUUUUAAAGAAUGAAGAUAAUAUCCAACCAUCUUGACCGAACAAGUUUGAUUAACAAAGGACUCAAAAAUAUUUCGCUUCAUUAAGAAUUAAGAAUGACUUGUUUACUUCGCGAACCAGGAAAAGCCAACUGCGUUUGUAGGACAACAAACUCACGUUUUUGUUUUCCUCGUUUUGAUAAUCUUCUGCCACGUUUCCAUCGCCGAAAUUGUCCAAGAAUUACGAAUGUAGUUCUAAUUCUAGUUUUUUCCAUGCGCGGCAUUUAUGCGGGCAGUCCCAAGCGGGCGAAAUGGCCCGUCUUGCCCGCUCGGGUAGCCAAUCUGAACACAAGAUUCGCUUCAUCCUACUCACGGGCAGUGCGAGCGAUGUAAGAAGGACUUUAAGCGAACCACGACGGCGACGGCAACGAGGACGUCUAAAAACAAAAGAUAUAAUUGGCAGAACAAUAGCUUAGCGGAUGCAUU